CACUGCGACAAAAGCUCUUAGUAAGAGCUCUAGGUAUUCACACUGACCAGUGGUAUUCAUUAAAUUGUACAUUCCCGCGAUUACUAGAUUUGUUUUAUUCAAGAAGAUAUUAAAAUCUAUAGAAAAUACAUUUGAAUCAAAUUUUAUAAUGACGUUGAUUGCAAGUCUAACUAAAGGUGCAAUAACGUGAAUGAUGCAAGGCGAUAAGGUAUUAAAUCCAGUUCUGCAGAUUCUGAAUGUUCAGAAACUAAAUACGGGCAAUCCAGAUGAGGAUCGUUAUCGCAUCACCUUAUCUGAUGGCGAAUAUUACCAUACCUGUGUCCUGCUGGCCACUGAGUUGAAUAAAAUGCAGCACAGAGGACUGCUCAGUGAGAACACAAUUGUGCGGCUAAACAAAUACUCGAUCGACAUGGCUGGAAGGGGGGGUGUCCGCCCCGAGAUUAUUGUGGACGAGAUAACAGUGCUAAAUUCGGAAUAUGAAGUAAAAACAAAAAUAGGUGAGCCCGUGACCUACGAGAAUGCGGCUAAGCAGAUUACGGCUCCGGAAGUAUCUGCUCUUGCGAUAAGUAAUCAAUCUUGCAACCAAAUUAAUGAAGAAGUUAUUCCGAUUGCCCAUCUAAGUCCAUAUAAGCACAAAUGGAUUAUAAAGGCCCGGGUUAGCGGUAAGACGCGCAUAUUUUCGUAUAAGGGAGGCAGAUUGUUUAACAUGAAUUUAUUUGAUAAAUCUGGUGAGAUUCGUGUAACUGCUUUUAAGGACCAGUGUGAUAAAUUCCACAGUCUGAUCGAUGAUGGCAAUGUUUACUUUAUCGCCAACGGUUGGAUUAAGCCGGCCAACACACAGUAUUCCCAACUGAAAAAUGAAUUUGAGAUGAUUUUCAUAGGCGAGACUAUGGUUCAGCUAUGCGACGACAAUGGUGACAUACCCGAAGUAAAGUUCGACCUGAUACCUCUGUCGCAUGUAUCGAAUAUGGGAAAUAAGGAAGCCGUCAAUACAAUUGGUAUUUGCACAGAAGUGGGCAAAUUGGACAUCAGAAUUUCGACUAAAACCAACAAGGAGUUCAAGAAACGCGAACUCACCCUGGUGGAUAUGAGCAAUGCUGCCGUCACUCUAACGCUCUGGGGCGAUGAAGCCGUCAAUUUCGAUGGACAUGUGCAGUCCGUUAUCUUGGUCAAGGGAUCGCGUGUCAAUGAAUACGGCGACUGGAAGAGCCUUAACGUGGGCUGGGGCUCAACUCUUAAAAUUAAUCCAGAUAUACCUGAGGCCCACAAGCUGCGUGUUUGGUUCGAUAAUGGGGGCGCCGAUAACAUAGUCUCUGCUCGGAGAGUUGAAUUGAUGACCCUGAAGGAUGCGUACUUUCGAAAUCUGGGUUCGGGUGACAGGCCAGACUACUUCCAAUGCAUAGCAAUAGUGCAGAAUGUCAUUCAGACGAAUGCCUUUUAUAAAGCGUGUCCUCAAAUGAACUGCAACAAAAAGGUCGUGGAUGUGGGCGAUGGCCUAUACCGCUGCGAAUCCUGCGAUGCAGUAUCUCCUAACUUCAAGUAUAUCUUAAGGGUUAAAAUAAAAAUUAGUGAUUAUACCUCGGACCGUGAGGUCAUCUGCUUUGGCAAGAUCGGCGAGCAGUUGCUUAGGCAUACAACCCAGGAGGUUGUUGAGGCCUUGGAGAAUGAUCCGGCUAGAGCUCUACAAAUCUUUACUGACAUUAAUUACACAUUGUACAUUUUUAAAUUGAGCUGCAAGAAUAAGCUGUACAACGGCAAGAUGAUCAGUACGCUGACCGUCCAGUCCAUGACUCCCUUCAACUGCAAGAAAUACAACAAGCAUCUGAUCAACGAAAUCAAUCAAAUGCGAGUUACAGCUGCGAGCUAACCAGCUUGACGAAAUUGAAAAUAUUAUCAAAGUUGCAAUAUUAUAAUAAGGUGCAAUAUUAUUUUGUUAUCUACCCAAUAAACAUUUUUUAACGGUUGUGAAAUUGAUGAAUUUAAGUGUAAUACUGUUAUCUCUCUCUACAUUGAAGAGAAAACAACUUCGGACAGGAAUAGUAAGUGGUAUAGUAGUGGUAGGGUAGAGACAUAAUGAAUAGAAAUUAAUAUAUGUAUAAAAUCUUUACCCUCUCCCUUAUCAGAGACCUUUACGAAAUUGCUUGUAUUUAUGUGUAAAUUAUUUAUAUUUUAUUGAUUUCUAAUAAAUUCAUAUUUUGUUUCUUUUCGAUUUAUAUAUAUAUAUAUAGGGUAUAUGUAUAUAUAUCAAAAAAGUUCAUAGUUCACAGCUGUCGCGCUGUCGUUGUUGACUAGUUUGCUUCUGAGCUAUUAAAAGUGGAUUAAUUAUUUGUUGCUUAGUUGUUCAUUUAAAUAAAUUAUGAGUAUUUUACGCAGAUAUCUUCACUAUAUGUAUUUUUUUUUUUUUU